GUCGACAGUUAGUCUUGGUUGUUGGAAAACUUUGUUCGGUUAGUCGAAUGCGAACGCGCAGCUAAGCGGGUUGUUUGGAGCGAAUUAGUUAGCUCUGCCGUUAGUUCGUUAGUGAAUUAGAAGUACGCGAAUGCAUACAUACAUAUAUACAUAGGAAUAUAGUACAACGAUAAGUGCCGUUGCUAUCGGCGGUAACGCGAGCGUGCGAUCGAUUAAAUUAACGAAAAUAAAAGUUUGAAAUAAUUUAAAGUUAAAAAAAAAAAUUCAAAAAAUAUUUAAUAAAAUAAAAAAUGGCGCUUAAGAGCCACUCACACAUGUUAGUGCUUUCGCUGGUGUUUUUAACGCUAUUCCACCGAUUGGCGGCAUAUAAUUUGUCACCCAAACCGAAUAUAAUUGUUAAAGAUCCACAGUUUGCCACCGGCUUGCCAAAAGUCGAGUCUUCUUACUUUGGUUUUACCAUCAACUUACGGCCGUUGGGCAUAAUUGUUGGUGCGCCACGCGCUCAGUCCACACUACCGGCGCAGCGAAAUGUCAAUGAAACUGGUGCCAUAUAUCGGUGUUCGCUGUCACCGACUUCCACAUGCAAUCCAUAUGUCAUAGAUGACAAAGGCAAUCGCACACUCGAGCGGUCUGACUCGUACACCUACGAUAAUGAGGCGCGCAACAAUCAGUGGCUAGGCGGCGCCAUGGACGGCGGCACAAAGGAUACCGAUAAACUGCUUAUAUGCGCACCACGCUUUCUAUCGCCAACUAUUAGUGAUUAUAUAAUGAAUGGCGUGUGCUACUGGGUCGCCGAUACGCUGGACGAUAAUCCUAAGAAUGUGCAAAGAAUUUCACCUUUAAGACUCAAGUCGGAUCAAAUGAAACAAAUUAAUGGUCAUCGAAUUUUCUAUUAUAUGCUUGCCGAAGAGGGUUUGAGUGCGCACGUCACAGAUAAUAAUGAGGAGUUCGUUAUUGGUGCGCCUGGCAUAAAUACGUGGCGUGGUUCGACGAUACAUUGUCGCAAGCGGUUCGAAGAGGAUCCCACACUGAGUCGACGUGAUACGAGCAGUCUGUCCAGAAAGCGUGUAAUACGAGAUCUUGAAUUUUCCGGCCAAUAUACGUUGGAUACUGGGGAAUUACAAAAUGAUUCGUAUUUCGGUUAUGCUGUCGGUUCGGGUUAUUUUGAUAGCAACGACAAAACUGAGCUGCUUUAUGUAGCUUCAGCGCCGCAAGCCAAUCUGCAGUCAGGCGAGGCCUAUUUGUAUAAAUACUCUGAAGACAGUCUGCUCAAAUUGAAGCGUAUCUAUGUGUUUCGGGGUGAGAAGUUUGGUGAAUAUUUCGGUUACUCACUGAUUACUGAGGAUCUUAAUGGCGACGGGCUUACCGAUGUGGUAAUCUCAGCGCCACAAUACUCGUCAACGAACUACUUCGAUAACGGUGCCAUCUAUGUGUUUCUGAACAAGGGAAAUUUCAAUUUUGAAAGAAAACUUAUCAUAUCGCCGGUGCAAGGCAAGGCACGUUUCGGUACGACCCUCAGUCGCUUGGGAGAUAUCAAUCAUGAUGGCUUCAAUGAUAUUGCAGUUGGCGCACCAUUCGCCGGUAAUGGCGCAGUCUUUGUCUAUCUCGGCAGCAGUAACGGUUUACGCGAAGAGCACAGCCAACGUCUGGAUGCGCCAGAGUCGGUGAGCAGCAAAUAUGGUGAGCACAUGUUCGGCCACGGUCUCUCCAAGGGCGUCGAUAUCGAUCGCAACGGCUUCAAUGACUUUGCCAUCGGCGCACCGAAUGCCGAAGCGGUGUUCGUGUAUCGUGCCUAUCCAGUUGUUAAGAUACAUGCUACUGUCAAGUCUGCAACUCGUGAAAUUAAAACCGAUCAAAAUUCAUUCAAAAUCACGGCCUGCUAUAAAAUCAGCACCACAUCCACACAGUUGACCGGUCAGGAUUUGGCCAUACGCAUUGUCGUAGAUUCACAAGUCAAGCGCGCCAAGUUCAUACAGACGCGCACGAAUGAGAUCAGUUUUAAUGUGUCGGCGGGUUUGCAGGAACAAUGUCGCACGUUCGAUUGUGAAGUAUACACAAAUGUGGCGGAUAUAUUCAAGCCGAUCGAGUUGGACAUGCAUUACGAACUCAUUAAUGGUGUGCCGAAAACGGAAACUUUCUGCGAUAAAUGUGCCGCCGUUGAUCCCGCCGAACCGUCUAUAUAUCGAGAAAAAAUUAUCUUUAGCACUGGCUGCAGUUCUGACAUUUGUGUAGCCGACCUGGAAGUUAAGAGUCGGGACUUGAAUCACACUUACAUACUCGGCAGUAGUCGUACGCUCUCCGUUACCUAUGACAUAACGAAUCACGGUGAAACCGCUUAUCUACCUCAAAUCAGUUUCACUUCUUCGAAUCACAUGCCAUUCGCGAAGAUACCAGGCACCUGCCGUCCUAAAGAAAAUGACUAUUUAGAAUGUGAUUUAAAGAGUAAUGAUGUGUCGAUGGCAAAGGGCGCCACAACUUCAUUUACCGUUACUUUCGAUGUGUCGAGUAUAUCGGGCAAAGCAAUGGUAUUGACGGCGAGAGUCUUCAGUACCGGAAAAGAGGCGAAUGAAGCCAAUAAUGUUGCGACCGAUGUUAUAACGCUGGGUGAAUUUACGGAAAUCGAUGUUGUCGGUAUACCCAAAACAAAACACAUCAAUCUGGAAGAAGUGAGCAAUACCUCGCAAAUAAUCAAUAACUAUGAGAUAAAAAGCAUGGGACCCAGCACAGUCGGCACUAUAGAUGUGGUGUUCUAUAUACCGGUAGCAUAUAAGGUGCCCGGUACUACGAACACCAUACAAAUAGUGGAGAAGGAUAGAAUAAAUAUGCAGGCCGUGAGUGACGCACAAACCGUUGCCAUCGAUUAUUUUGAAAACAAUACACAGCUUGUGAUGAAUGCGAUUGAAAUCACGUCGAGCACACACAGCACGACGAAUAUCAACUCAAACAUACAAAUAUAUAAGGAGAAACAGAUCAGUACAACGUACGACUCAAUGGGUCUCUAUGAUUUGCCAGUCGAAAGCGAUAAUUAUUAUAUCGAUGACAGCAGCAAGUUCUCGCAAAUGUCUAUACGACGUAAACGUGAAGCUGCCGCCAACACGGCCACCAAAGCGCAGUAUGAGCGCAUUGUCAAGUCGCACGAACUGUUGAGUGAGGAUCUCAAGGGUAAACUGCCCGUGAAUCGUACGAUAGUCUUCAAUUGCCAUGAUCCGGAGAUGACAGUUUGUGUGCGCGCUGUCAUACGUUUACAUACUUUCAAGCCGGAAAAACCGCUUACCGUCAGCAUGAAAUAUCAGGUCGAUUUGAGAGAGAUCAAUCAAAUUCUGAUUGAACCAUGGGAAUAUUUCGUUAUACUCAUCGAUGUGGAUGUGAAAAAACUCGGCGACUUGCACCAAAAUACGCUGGCGAUACGUAAGAACAUAGAUUAUAAUAUUGUGUCGAAACAUCAGCUUUAUGGCACACCAAUCUGGGUCUAUAUAUUAGCUGUUUUGGGUGGACUGUUGUUAUUGGCGGCAAUCACAUAUGCCAUGUAUAAGCUCGGCUUCUUCAAGCGCGCCAAAAAAGAACAAAUGGAUGCCUUGGUGCAUCAAGGCUCAACGCAACCGGCACAAGAUGUGGAGCCAGAGGCGGAAAAUCUUAACACCGAAAGGAACUAAAAU